UUUGUCUACCCGGGAAUGUGCCUCUCUGUGACGUCACCGCCGCGCCUUAGCCAAUCAGGGGACGCGGGCGCGUUCCAAAGGGGUGUCCCCGGUGGGUCCCUCCUCCUCCUCCCCCUCCCUCUGGAUGCAACUUUUUCUUGCUCCUGUUGCAUCCAUCGCAGCAGGAUCCCAGGGCAGGGAUAUAUAAACCCCCCGCCGAGCCAGAGCUCUCUGCCUUUCUUGCAGACUGCACCGAGGCAAGAGGCAGAAGAAGAGAGCAGCUUGACCUGUCUGUCCAGCAACAUGCCCAGCAGUCCGGCGUCGAGGAGGCCCUCCUUGUGGCUCCUGCUGAUGCUGAGCCUUUCCUUGGCAGUGGCUGGGGUCCAGGGUACGAAAUCCCCGGGGGACAAGCGCAAGAGGCAAGCCCAGCAACAGCAGAUCGUCCAGCCUGCCCCUCUGCCUGCAGCUGCCCAGAACAAACAGGGAUGCUAUGACAAUGGGCAACACUAUCAGAUCAACCAACAGUGGGAGCGCAUUUACCUGGGGAAUACUCUGGUUUGUACCUGCUAUGGGGGGAGCAGAGGAUUCAACUGCGAAAGUAAGCCUGAAGCGGAAGAGACCUGCUUUGAUAAAUACACUGGAGUUACUUACCGAGUAGGAGAGACCUAUGAGCGACCUAAGGACUCCAUGAUUUGGGACUGUACCUGCAUUGGGGCCGGCCGUGGUCGAAUCAGUUGCACAAUUGCAAAUCGCUGUCAUGAAGGCGGCCAGUCCUACAAGAUUGGUGACACCUGGCGCAGGCCUCACGAGACUGGCGGCUACAUGUUGGAGUGUGUGUGCCUUGGCAAUGGGAAGGGGGAAUGGACUUGCAAACCAGUUGCUGAGCGGUGCUAUGAUAACAGUGCUGGAACAUCCUAUGUGGUUGGAGAAAUCUGGGAGAAGCCCUACCAAGGCUGGAUGAUAGUGGAUUGCACAUGCUUGGGAGAAGGCAGCGGUCGUAUUACCUGCACCUCCAGAAACCGGUGCAAUGAUCCAGAUACCAAGACAUCCUACAGAAUUGGAGAUACCUGGAGCAAGAAAGACAACAGGGGAAAUCUGCUACAGUGCAUCUGCACUGGCAAUGGCAGAGGAGAAUGGAAAUGCGAGAGGCAUUCAUCUCUGCAGACCACUGGCAUAGGAACUGCAUCUGCAACCAUCACAGAUGUACGAACUGCCCUGUAUCAGCCCCAGCCCCAGCCUCCUCCAUAUGGACACUGUGUAACCGACAAUGGCAUGGUGUACUUUCUGGGAAUGCAAUGGCUCAAGACGCAAGGCAGCCAGCAUAUGCUUUGCACUUGUCUGGGCAAUGGAGUCAGUUGCCAGGAAACAGCUGUGACACAGGCCUAUGGUGGCAAUUCCAAUGGGGAACCCUGCGUCUUCCCUUUCACCUAUAAUGGGAGGACUUUCUACUCAUGCACUUCUGAAGGCCGUAGUGAUGGGACUCUCUGGUGCAGCACAUCCUCUAACUUUGAUCAGGAUCAGAAAUAUUCCUUCUGUACAGAACAAAAUGUCUUGGUUCAAACACGUGGUGGUAACUCCAAUGGUGCUCUGUGCCAUUUCCCUUUCCUUUACAACAACCGCAAUUACACUGAUUGUACUUCUGAGGGGCGGAGAGACAACAUGAAAUGGUGUGGAACCACACAAAACUAUGAUGCUGACCAGAAGUUUGGAUUUUGCCCCAUGGCUGCUCAUGAGGAAAUCUGCACAACCAAUGAUGGUGUUAUGUACCGUGUUGGAGAUCAGUGGGACAAGCAGCAUGAAAUGGGCCAUAUGAUGAGAUGCACUUGCGUAGGAAAUGGGCGUGGAGAGUGGACUUGCAUUGCUUAUUCCCAACUUAGAGACCAGUGUAUAGUUGACGACAUCACCUAUGAUGUUAACCAGACUUUCCACAAACGUCACGAAGAAGGACACAUGCUGAACUGUACCUGCUUUGGUGAAGGUCGGGGGAGAUGGCAGUGUGAUCCUGUUGACCAGUGUCAAGAUUCAGAAUCCCAGACCUUCUACCAAAUUGGAGAUUCAUGGGAAAAGCAUGUUCAUGGUGUCCGAUAUCAGUGCUACUGUUAUGGACGUGGUAUUGGGGAAUGGCACUGCCAGCCUCUAAGUGCAUAUCCAGGUUCCACUGGUCCUGUCCAAGUGAUUAUCACAGAUGUCCCAAUUCAUCCUGAUUCUCAUCCUGUUCAGUGGGUUGCACCUGAAUCUUCUCAUAUUUCCAGUUACAUCCUGCGAUGGAGACCAAAAAACUCUAGAGUGAAGUGGAAAGAGGCCACCAUCCCAGGUUAUCUGAACUCCUAUACUAUCUCAGGCCUGAGACCUGGUGUUCUUUAUGAAGGGCAGCUUAUUAGUGUACAGCAUUAUGGUCAAAGAGAAGUCACCCGUUUUGAAUUUACCACUUCUAGUACUACAUCUAUUUCAACUUCUCGUGUGACAGGAGAAACAACAGCACUGCCUUCUAUGGUGUCCAUCUCUGAGUCGGUUACAGAGAUUACAGCUAACAGCUUUGUGGUGUCCUGGGUUUCUGCAUCAGACACUAUCUCAGGAUUUCGUGUGGAAUAUGUAUUGAGUGAAGAUGGUGAUGAGCCCAAAUACUUGGAUCUUCCAAGCACAGUCACUUCUGUUAACAUCCCCAACUUGCUUCCGGGUCGCAAUUACAUUGUUAGAGUCUAUCAGAUUACCGAAGAGGGCAAGCCUGAUCUAAUUUUGUCAACCUCCCAGACAACAGCACCUGAUGCUCCUCCUGAUCACCAUGUGGAAAAUGUCGAUGACACAUCUAUCCUUGUCAGCUGGAGCAGGCCAGAAGCUCCAAUCACAGGCUUCCGAAUUGUCUAUACUCCAUCCGUGGAAGGCAGCAGUACAGAGCUCAAUCUUCCUGAGUCUGCCACCUCUGUGACACUCAGUGACUUGAUGCCUGGGGUUCAGUACAAUAUCAGCAUUUACGCUGUUGAAGAAAAUCAGGAGAGUACACCUAUCUUCAUUCAGCAGAAGACCACUGGAGUGGCACAGGAAGGUGAGAUUCCUUCGCCAAAGGAUCUGCAGUUUGUUGAAGUCACUGAUGUAAAAAUCACCAUCAUGUGGAAUCCCCCUGACAGUGCUGUGACUGGCUAUCGUGUAGAAGUGAUUCCAGUUAACCGUCCAGGUGAACAUGGGCAAAAGUUGCCUAUUACUAGAUACACCUUUGCUGAGAUCACAGAGCUUUUGCCAGGAACAACCUAUAUUUUCAAGAUCUAUGCCCUCGGACAAGGCACAGAAAGUGAACCACUGACUGGAGAACAAACAACUAAACUUGAUGGCCCAACCAACUUGAGGAUUGUCAAUGCAACAGACUCUACUGCACUGGUGACGUGGAGGCCCCCUCGUACUCGUAUUACAAGAUAUCGGCUUUCUGUGGGGCCUACCACCGGAGGACAACCAAAACAGUACACCAUUGGGCCAUCUGUAACUAAGUACUUGCUGAGGAACUUGCAACCGGGUUCUGAGUACACAGUGUCCCUAGUGGCUAUCAUGGGUAACCAGCAAAGCAACCCAGAGACAGCAGUCUUCACAACCUUGCAACCUAUGGGCUCAGUUCCUUAUUAUAACACUGAGGUGACGGAGACAUCUAUUGUAAUUACCUGGACACCUGCACCAAGGAUUGGUUUUAAGUUGGGCGUGCGCCCAAGCCAAGGUGGUGAAGCUCCAAGGGAAGUCAUAUCUGAAUCUGGGAGUAUUGUCAUAUCAGGCCUGACUCCUGGUGUGGAAUAUAUCUACAGCAUCACAGUCCUUACAGAUGGUCAAGAGAGAGAUGCGCCCAUUGUCAAAACAGUAGUUACACCUCUGUCACCACCAACCAAUUUGCAUCUUGAUUCUAACCCUGACACUGGAGUCCUCACUGUCUCUUGGGAAAGAAGCUCAAGCCCAGAUAUCACUGGCUACAGAAUUACUACCAUCCCUACAAAUGGGCAGCAAGGCUACACUCUGGAGGAAGUAGUAGAAGCAGGCCAGACUUCCUGCGUCUUUGAACAUCUGAGUCCUGGUGUGGAGUAUAAUGUCAGUGUUUAUACAGUCAAAGAUAACCAGGAGAGCCUGCCAAUCUCAGAAACCAUCACACAAGAGGUGCCCCAGCUCACUGACUUAAGCUUUGUUGACAUAACCGAUACAAGCAUCGCCCUGAGGUGGACCCCACUAAACGCCUCCACCAUUAUUGGCUACCGCAUCACGGUGGUGGCAUCAGGAGAGAGUGUCCCCAUUUUUGAAGAUUUUGUGGACUCUUCAGUAGGAUACUACACGGUGACAGGCCUGGAGCCGGGCAUUGAUUAUGAGAUCAGCGUAAUCACACUCAUUAAUGGCGGAGAGAGUGCCCCCACUACGCUGACUCAACAAACUGCUGUUCCUCCCCCCACCGAUCUACGAUUCACCAAUGUGGGACCUGACACUAUAAGAGUAACUUGGACUCCACCAACAUCCAUUGAAUUGACCAGCUUCCUUGUUCGUUACUCACCUGUGAAGAAUGAGGAGGAUGUUACAGAGUUGUCUAUCUCGCCUUCUGACAAUGCAGUGGUUUUGACAAAUCUCCUCCCUGGCACUGUGUAUUUGAUCAGAGUCUACAGCGUGUAUGAACAACAAGAGAGUAAACCUCUGACUGGAGAGCAGAAGACAGGCCUUGAUUCCCCAACUGGGCUGGACUUCUCAGAAAUAACAGCUCAUUCUCUCACUGUCCAUUGGAUUGCCCCUCGUGCGCCUAUCACUGGCUACAAGAUCCGCCAUUACCUCGAGCAAGGGGGGAGCCGGCCCAAAGAGCUCCGCAUUGCACCGUCUCGCAAUUCCAUCACUCUCACUGACCUGGUUCCAGGCUCAGAGUACGUGGUCAGCAUUUCUGCCAUAAAUGGCAAAGAGGAGAGUUUGCCCUUGGUUGGACAUCAAAGUACAGUUUCUGAUGUUCCUAGAGACCUGCAAGUUACUGCCACCAGCCCCACUAGCCUGGUCAUUUCCUGGGAGCCUCCAGCUGUUACUGUUAGAUACUACAGGAUCACAUAUGGUGAAACAGGGAGCAGUGGGCCCGUUCAAGAGUUCACAGUACCUGGGCAUGUGUCCACUGCAACCAUCCCUGGCCUUAAGCCUGGAGCAGACUACACCAUCACUGUGUAUGCAGUUACUGGACGUGGGGACAGUCCUGCCAGCAGCAAGCCAGUCACUGUCAACUACAGAAUAGAGGUUGACACACCAUCCCAGCUAGAAGUAACAGAGGUACAGGACAGCAGCAUCACAGUAAGGUGGCAGCCUUCUUCCUCCCCAGUUACUGGCUACAGAGUGACAGCAGCCCCCAAGAAUGGCCAUGGUCCCACAAAAACCAGAGUCCUCUCUGCAGAUCAAACUGAAGUUACAAUUGAAGGGCUACAACCUACUGUCGAAUAUAUAGUUAGUGUGUAUGCCCAGAGUCAAAGCGGAGAAAGCCAACCACUGGUUGAGACAGCUGUUACAAAAAUUGACCGCCCUAAAGGACUGACAUUCACUGAGGUGGAUGUCGAUUCCAUCAAAAUUGCGUGGGAAAGCCCACAGGGGCAAGUCACCAGGUACAGGGUGACCUUCUCCACCCCUGAGGAUGGAAUCCGCGAGCUCUUCCCUGCUCCAGAUGGUGAAGACGACACUGCAGAGCUUCACGGCCUCAGGCCUGGUACUGAGUACACUGUCCGCAUCGUUGCCUUGCACGAUGGCUUGGAGAGCCUGCCUCUGAUUGGGACCCAGUCCACAGCAAUCCCACCUCCUACAAACCUGAGGUUUACUCAGGUUGCUCCAACCAGCCUGACUAUCACUUGGACUGCACCAAAUGUUCAGCUUACUGGGUACCGAGUCAGAGUGAAUCCCAAGGAUAAGAAUGGGCCAAUGAAAGAAAUUAACGUCUCUCCCGAUAGCACGUCUGCUGUCAUUCCAGGACUAAUGGUGGCAACCAAAUAUGAAGUCAGUGUCUAUGCUCUGAAGGACUCUCUGACCAGCAGACCUGCCCAGGAUGUAGUCAGUACUCUAGAGAAUAUCAGCCCUCCACGUCGGGCACGUGUCACUGAUGUCACGGAGAGAACCAUCACAAUUACCUGGCGUACCAAGACGGAGACAAUCACUGGUUUCCAGAUUGAUGCUGUCCCAGCAAGUGGUCACAAUCCAGUGCAAAGGACGAUUGGCCCUGAUGCUAGAUCCUAUACCAUCACUGGCUUGCAACCUGGCACUGACUACAAGAUUUACAUCUACACCCUGAAUGAAAAUGCUCGCAGUUCACCAGUAGUGAUUGAUGCUUCCACCGCCAUCGAUGCGCCAUCCAACCUACGCUUCCUCACAACCACAAGCAACUCCCUGUUGCUCACUUGGCAGCCACCCCGGGCCAAGAUCACAGGAUACAUUAUUAAGUAUGAGCGUGCUGGGGAACCGGCAAGAGAGCUGCUUCCUCGUCCCCGACCUGGUACUACAGAAGCCACUAUCACUGGUCUCGAACCAGGGACAGAAUACAUCAUCCACAUAAUUGCCGUGAAGAAUAGUCAGAAGAGUGAACCAUUGAUUGGAAGGAAAAGAACAGAUGAGCUUCCCCGGCUGGUAACAUUUCCACUCCCUGGCCCAGGUACGCCAGAGAUCCUGGAUGUGCCGUCUGAGAAUACACCUUACUUCACAAACAAUCCCUAUGACAAUGGAAAUGGUAUCAAACUUCCAGGCACUUCUGGUCAGCACCCUACAGUGACCAACCCUGGCCAAGUCAUCGUGGAAGUGUAUGGAUCUCGGACACCCACAACUGCAGCCACUCCGUCACAUCGUAGACCAAAUGAAGAGUCUGUGGUGGUGAACCGUUAUCCAGUGCGGAUACCAGAGGUGGACAGGCCUUCUUAUCCUCACAGCCUUCUGCCUAAGAAUAACCGCACAAGGCCCCAGGAAGCACUUUCUGAGACCACCAUCUCAUGGACCCCCUAUUUAGAGAGCUCUGAGUACAUCAUCUCUUGUCAGCCUGUUAGCUCUGAAGAAGAACCUACAGAGGUCAAAGUUCCUAGCACAUAUUCUAGUGCUACUCUCACAGGUCUUACAAGAGGUGCCACCUACAACAUCAUAGUGGAAGCAAUAAAAAAUCGUAGAAGGCAUAAAGUUCUUGAAGAAGUAGUCACAGUAGGCAAUUCCGUUUCUGAAACGAUAAACCAACCCACAGAUGAUUCAUGCUAUGAUACUUUCACUGGCUCUUCCUACUCCCUUGGGGAAGAAUGGGAAAGAAUGUCCGAAACUGGAUUUAAGCUCUGGUGCCAAUGUUUAGGCCUCGGCAGUGGCCACUUCAGAUGCGACUCUUCAAAAUGGUGUCAUGACAAUGGUGUGAACUACAAAAUUGGUGAGAAGUGGGACAGGCAUGGAGAGAAUGGAGAGAUGAUGAGUUGCACGUGCCUUGGAAACGGGAAAGGAGAAUUCAAAUGUGAACCUCAUGAAGCAACUUGCUAUGAUGAGGGCAAGAUGUACCAUGUUGGAGAACAGUGGCAGAAAGAAUACCUUGGGGCCAUCUGCUCCUGUACAUGCUAUGGUGGACAGCAGGGAUGGCGUUGUGACAACUGCCGUAGGCCUGGUGCUGGAACAUCACCUGAAGGUUCUCCUGGUCACACCCAUUCGCAGUACACACAGAGACAGCAAACCACCACUACUAACGUCCAUUGUCCAAUUGAGUGCUUCUACCCUUUACAUCUACAAUCAAAUACACAAAACCGACGAGGAGAUUAACACCCAUCAACAACUAAUAACAGCCAAGAAGAGUCUACUUGCCAAGACCAUCCACUCUAGAAUGCUGCUAGGAAAAAAGAAAAAGCAGAUCUGUCUUAGGGUGGCCAGACUCCCUUUCUCAGCUUUUGCGCAGCUCACAGCUUCUCCAAGGAAGGUCACUCUUGGAGCGUCUCAAGACUUCUUUUCACAACAGAUAGCUGUAUGUUAUCUGUCUUUUUGAUCUAAGUGUUUCAGUACCAUUCAGUAUUUUUCCCAAGACAACUAUUACUAACUCGUAAAUUACUCAGCAGUCAGUAAUAUACAUAAGAUCCCUUUUAUGGGGUUGAGAGGAGGGCCUUUAACCUAACCAAAGAAACCAGUGAACCCCAAAUUCAGUGUUCACCCAGUUGAGCAGCUAUCAAUUGAAACUGCAUACACCCUAUCAUUGUGAUAUUUAAAAUAUGCACAGUCCUAGUCUUUCCAAAUGAUCCUAGUUUCUUUCCCUAGCGGUAUAUUUGUAUUCUGUACUGUUAUUUAUCAAUGUCGAUCUUUCUUCCCCCCUCCCCCUCCUGCCUCAGUGUUUUUCUACAGGAAAAUACCGUAAAGACAUUUAGUAUAACGUUAACAGAGGAAUUUGGUAUAAUUAUGAUCAGUGAUUAUUUUUUAUACUGUAAGUGCCAAAGCUUUACUACUGUGGGAGACAACUCUUUUAAUAAAAAGAUUUACAAACCA